GUCAGCCAAUCCGCGAGCAGAAGGGAAUUGCGAUCCUUCCGCAUCCGAUCGCUUUGAGAUGUCUGCUGACGUAUAAAGAAGACAGGAAUAACGCAGAUCAAUGUCGGAGGCUUCCGCGAGUGGUUCAGAGUCGAAUGAUAGCUUGGUGUUUCAAGUAUUCUUAAAAUGGUAAGAACACGAUUUUGACGAACAAAUUAAGAUGGCGGCCGCCUUUCUUUGUUCUAUUCCUGCAGCUCGGGCUUGGAUCAGCACAGCAGAAAAUGUCCCACCAACCUCAGAGAACCAAAUGGAUGCUCCCUAAUCCGGUGGCGAAUUCACAACCACGCGAUAAGGGUCUGUGUGACAGUCUAGUAUCUGUGCCACUAGAAAUGGCACAAAUAAUGGAUUUUUAAUCAUGUGAGAUGCGACGUGGUUGCAAGCGAGAGAGGAAGAGUCGCCCGACGUGUUUCCCGGCAUGCAUCUGUUGGCUAGGGAGUAAUCAUUGGGUGUUUUUGUGUGUCACUUGGGACAAGGGAAGUCAUGGCAUGCCACAUAUUGUCAACAGUGCCUCGCAGGGCUGGCGACUGUGUGAUCUCGCUGGGCAGAAAGAUGAGAGCAAAAUUUAAGGCAUGCCUGGCCGUCCUCUGUUUGAGCUGCAUCUUGACCAUAGUCAUCUAUUCAUACGCAUCGGCUCCACUGGAUUUCACACACCUUCGUCAACUCAGUACCGAAACAGUUCAUCUCGAACAGGUUCCUUUUCACGAUCUCUUGGAGGAAUAUAAGAGAAAAAUAGCAGAAGUCCGAUCCGCUGGUUACUGGAAAGCGAACAAAAACUUCCAACCCUGCAGCAAGGAGAAAGUUGCAGACAGAGAAUGCGUGGAUCGGAAGUGUUCUUCCCCAGUUGCAACUCCGGAACAGAACCUUCAUGGCCUUCUGUUCUCCAUGAGGAACACCGACCCUGAGGUGUUCGCCCUGCUUUUUGAUCUGUUCGGUGCCCGGAAGACUGGUAAACGAGUACUGUUCCUCUCCGCUGCUUCGUCCGAUCACUUCAGCGAGAAUCAAGGUCUGGUGGAGAACUUGCACAACCAUGUGUUUCCUUAUGUCAACAACUACACAUUCGUCUUCUAUGACCUUGGUCUGAGUGACAAUGAGAGAAGAGAGUUUGUGGCCCAUUGUAAGUGCGAGGUUCGGACCUUUCCCUUCCAUCUAUUGCCAUGGCGACUGCAGAAUCUUCUCUGUUAUACGUGGAAGGCGUUUUUGGUGCAGGCUAACCUCCCAACAAGUGAUAUACUGAUUUGGGUCGAUUCGUCAAUCCGAUUCCAAAAGUCUGUGAUACAGGAAAUGCUCCAAGAAUUAGAGACAAAAGGAGUGAUGACUCUGUAUGGAGCCCAUUCCGUCGCACAACAUACCUAUCAGACAAUGUUUGAUUACUUCGACGAGGAUGCAUGCAACUUUGCCCAUGUGACAGAAAAACAAACCGGUUUACUUCUCUUCAAAAAUGAGAUGUUUGUACGCGAGGCUAUUGUGAAACCAUGGGCGGCCUGUGCGAUGGAUGGAAGCUGUAUGUGUCCAACCAAUUUCCCAUUAUGGAGUUUAGGAUGUGACGCCAGGGUGCGUCACUACGGCAAAUGUCACAGAUUUGAGCAAUCGGCUAUCAACAUUAUUCUCGCCAAGUUGUUCAGGGGUUAUGAAGACACGUUUGUUUCCUCCAGAAAACAUACGGACGUUAGAAAAAACGAUGUUAGUAAUUAUUUUGAAGUCUUGGACCAAGCCGGAUAUUCUUGACAAAACUAGGGCACGGGUGGCCCAGUCGUCUAGGGCGCGAUUCGCUGUGCAGAGUGGCGUCCUUGGGCACGCCAGGAACCUAGGAUUAUGGGUUUAAAUCCCGGUUCGCCCCGGUUAUGUUUCUAGGUUUGUCAGCACCAUACCCGUGCUCGUGGGUUUCACCGAAGUGGUAAACGUCUGAGACCUGCAACACUUCGGGCAUUCCUCCCACAUUAAGCUGACACGCCGUGAUAUAACUGAAAUAAUUUUACUCACUCAAAAGAACUAGUGGUUAUGAGAUAACUGAAUGGACCCCUUAAAGUAUGUUAUUGCUCAAAACCUUCAAAGCAUGUGUGCUGUCAAAAUGGCAGUGUUUGGGGGACACGUGGCAGACAUGAGAGUUUGAGAGAGUUUGGAAGCAUGUGUGUGUCAAACUGGCAGUGUUUGGGGGACACGUGGCAGACAUGAGAGUAUGAGAGAGUUUGGAAGCAUGCGUGUUGUCAAAAUGGCAGUGUUUGGGGGACACGUGGUAGACAUGUCGGUAUGAGAGAGUUUGGACAGUUCUUUGGGCAACAGAUGGUUUAAAUCAUAAUGCCUGGAUGAUAUAAUAAUACAAACAAAUGUCCCCAUAAAAGACUUGAAUUGCUAUACAUCCAUGGACACGUCAGUCAGUUCAGCCUUGAAGCAGAGGCUAUGACAUAAUUUAAAGCAAUUAAAUCGCGAAUGCUAAUCAUGAUUAUAUGCUUUUAAUUGAUACAGUUGUUUUAUUACAUUAAGUUCUUAUUUGAUCAACUUUGCUGUUUAGAAUGUUAAAAUGAUAAGGAAAUCUGAUGCUUAGAGCUAUAGUUUUAUCCAAACAGACAGUUUGAUUGUUCAAAUAGUUCCUGUUUAGAAAAUAGUACAUUAAUUUAUGUUGCUUCUACAAAUAUGUGCUUAGUUACGUUUUGAUGUUUUGGGAUGUGAGUGAGUGUAUGCAUAUGCUAUUUGAUACCAAAGACAUCAAUAACUGAAUAUACCAAAUAAAUAUCACGAAUUAUCGAAUAUACCCGCUCUAAAGAAAUAUUUAAUGUCCUAAUCUGAAUUAUCUGAAAAAACAACUGUCAGUUUGCUUUACAAUUAUUGAACCAAACUAAACAUUAGAUAAUAAGUGUCACCUCGACUGUGUACGUAUAUAUUUUAACAUUGCACAUAAUUGCCUAUGUACCACUGUUGGUGGGUUUUUUAUAAUAAAAAUAUGCAUCUGUAAA